AUGUUUCGUGCUUUGUGCCUCCUAGCUGUGCUCGCGGCAGUUCGUGCCUGCAAAACCUGCACAUGUGGCGUGGUGCGAGGUGCACGUGUGGUCGGCGGUGGGCCCGUGGGACCCGGAGAAUUCCCUUGGCUCGCUGCCCUCAAAAGAGACGGAAAACUCAUUUGCGGUGCUACUGUGGUUGCACGGGACCACCUUAUAACAGCCACCCAUUGUAUUUUUGAGGUAGAAGCUUCACGCUUGACAGUUCUAGUCGGUGAAUAUGACGUAAACAAUUCAAGAUCCGAUGGUUUUCAAGUUUCACACGUGUUCCAGCACCCGGACUUUAAUAGAUAUACAUAUGACAAUGAUAUCGCUGUCCUAAGACUUGCUGAACCGCUGCCAGACAGACUUUAUCGGCCUGCCUGCUUACCUGAUGACGACGAUUACCUUGAUGGAGGUGAUGCUAUAGUGUCCGGAUGGGGCAGUACUGUUGAAAAAGGACCGCAUUCUAAUAUUCCCAUGAAAGCUGAAGUACAAAUCUGGACGCAAGAAGAGUGCACUAAUGCUGGUUAUGGCCGUAGGAAGGUGACGCCACGGAUGAUAUGUGCUAAUGCACCAGAUCGUGACUCUUGUACGGGAGACUCUGGUGGACCCCUUCUAAUGUCUCAACCGUACUUUACACUAGUGGGUAUCGUUUCGUGGGGACGCGGCUGUGCAAGACAGGGAUAUCCCGGAGUUUAUGCACGAGUUGACAGAUUCAUGCCCUGGCUCAAAGUUGCGUUACGGCAUGCGUGCCUUUGUCAACCACCGUCUUUUAAUUAG